CACCCAUCCUGCUCCCAUUGGCUUUGCCGUGACUUGCUCCCGCUGGGACGUGUCCCGGCAGCUCACCGCAUCCUUGUGCUGCGCUCAAGGAGGGGAAUCUUCCCUCCCCAAGCCCAUUGCUGAGCCUGGCUUUCUCCUGCAGCUCCCGUUGGAGAGGACAGCCCGAGCCCAGCACCGCUGCCAGCGAGGACCCGCAGACCCCGUGCGAGCAGCAAUGGGCCAGUGCAACUGCCGCAAGAAGCGCAAGGACUGCCAGGAGCUCACGGACGUGGAGCGCGCCAUCGAGACCGUCAUCAACCAGUUCCAUUGCUACGCGGUGAAGGGGCAGAAGGAAUACCUGACCCCCAACGAGAUGCAGGAGCUCGUGGUGCAGAAGCUGCCCCACUUGGGGAAGUGUGUUGGACCACUGGAAGAGAAGAUCGAAUGCAUGGGAGACCCUGAUGAAGCCAAGCUGGAGUUCGGAGAGUACUGGGACAUGAUGGGGGAUGCAGCCAAGGGCUGCCGGAGGAAGUAGAAGGGUGGCAGGGGGACGGGAAGGCGCCCGAGGCCUCAGGCUCUGCACCGCAGGCGCGCGCUGGUCCCGGUGGGAUGCGCCUGGGAAUGCACAGCGCUGCUCAUCUCCUCCCCGCAUCCCUACCGGGGCAGAGGGAUCCCCCUCGCCGGCUCCAUUCCUGCCCUCUCCUUCCCAUCAGGACACCUCCCUUCCCAUCCCCAGCAAGGGUGUGGUAAAGGGGGUUCCUGGCUCCAGUUCCGGAGCCGCCUUUCUCCGUCCUUUGCUCCAGAGCCUUUAUCCCAGGGGUUAUCCCACCUCCGGCCCUGAAAAGCCUCCGGUUGCAGGUCCCCCAGCCCCGGAGCAUCACAGCGAGAGGGACUCGGCUCCUUUCCCACCCCCCCCCCCCAAAUCCCUUGGAUGUUUGGGCUCGUCCCCCUGCCACUGAUGG